AUGAAGUUCUCUAUGGUUUCAAGUACGGUUUUAUUUAUGGCCAGUGUGGUAACGGCAACCAUUUGGCAGAAUGAUCAAGUUCGAAUCACGAAUUAUCCAGAUACAAAGAUAGAUCUGGAUAGCUAUAACCUCGCUAGCUUUCCUCCUAACUCAUCAGAGCUCUCAUACAAAGGACGAUGGGAUAGUAAAUAUGUUUCAUGGUGGUCAGCACCUGGUCUGAAAUUCGGAUUUACCGGAGAAGAAGUCGCAAUUACUUUUGGACCUUUAACUUCAGAUACGGUAUUGAUCGCCUAUCGAGUAAAUGGUCAGGAUUGGCAGUUCACCAAUAUCACUACAAGUGCGACUCAUCUACUCGUCAGUCCCGAAUCUCCCGCAGUCGAUGUUCCCUGGCCCAUAAAUCCAGCGACGUUUGAGCUGCGAGUUACCAACUGGGCCUAUGGCGUUCAAAUCUCUGCCGUCCAUUUGAGUCAAGGCCAAAGUCUGAUCAAAAUUCCCAAUUAUUCGAGGUCUAUCGAGUUCAUUGGGGAUUCCCUUUCAUCAGGGUACACAGCUACUCUAGAAGGUCUUUCUAGCUUUACGUAUGGUAUGGGAGCUGGUCUUGGAAAUACUGAGUACUCCAUUACAGCAUAUCCGGGCAUUUGUCUCUACGACCAGACAUGUUUCGGUAACACUCGAGGGAUGUUUCAUCAAUGGUUUUAUACUUCUGAUACUAGCCCUCGUGCUGCUCAAAUAUGGGGUGAUGAGCCAGAGCUUUGGGAUUUUUCUGAACAUGACGAUCCGGAUUUCGUAGUGAUUAACUUAGGGACUAAUGAUAGCAACGAGGCAAACAAUGUUUCUAGUGCUCAUUACGUCGCUCAGUAUAAAUUGCUAAUCGAAGGUAUCCAUGCUAUUUGGCCUAAUGCUCAAGUCAUUAUCAUGUCUCUCUGGGAAGGCUUCUUUGCUUACGGAAAUUCCUAUGCUCAAGCUCAAGGAUUUGUUACCGAGAUAUACGACAUCUAUCAAUAUUUCAACUCCGAAGAAUACCUAUCUAACCCCAUCCUAUACAAUCCGCAAACCAAUUCUACCUAUUCAUCCAAUAAAACAUCCUCACCAUUUGUAUCAUAUUUCAACACCACAGGUUUAAUGCAACACAAUGACAUUGGACCAGCUUAUCACCCAACGGACGUAGGACAUGUCAAGAUUGCCAGUCAUCUCAUCCAAUACUGGAACGAUAAUCAAAGUUAUUAA